CCUUAUUCUUUUUUUAUUUGGAAUUAUUCAAUUCGAUGUAGUAGAGAUUGCAUGAGUUUGUAUAAUAGUUGUUCGAAAAAGUUUUGUGGUCUCUGCUAUAUACUGUCGUCUUCUUUGGUUUGACGUUUGCAAUGAUGUCUGUCUCUGCUAUCCCUAUCAUAGCUGUAGGAUGUAGCUUUGUGGUCUGAUUCAUGGCUGCCCUUUUAAGGCACAAACCCAAAGCUCUUCUUGCAUCCUGAAUCAAUAUUUUGGAGACCUGUCUGAGAGGAAGAUAGAGCUUAUUGUUCAGCUCAAUAAGAAGUAUGGCACAACAGUAUACAGAGCCGCUGUUGAAGAAGAAGUACCAUGAGAACUGCCCUGGAUGUAAGGUUGAUCAAAUGAAGGAGUUGCAGCGAGGCAUACCGAUUCGCCAACUGGUUUCGAUAUGGAUUGUUGUACUAUCUACUGCUUUGCCGAUAUCGUCUCUCUUUCCAUUCUUAUAUUUCAUGAUUAGGGAUUUUCACAUUGCAAAAAGAGAGGAAGAUAUUGGCUCAUAUGCUGGUUAUGUGGGAUCUGCAUUUAUGCUAGGAAGAGCUUUGACAUCUGUAUUAUGGGGAAUGGUUGCUGAUCAUUAUGGCCGAAAGCCUGUUAUAAUCAUGGGAACUAUUACAGUGGUUAUUUUCAACACUCUCUUUGGCCUUAGUGUAAAUUUUUGGAUGGCUGUAAUUACAAGAUUUCUUCUUGGAAGUUUGAAUGGCUUGCUUGGAGCAGUAAAGGCAUAUGCAGUUGAAAUUUUCCGAGAAGAGCACCAAGCCUUAGGCCUUUCAACUGUUAGCACGGCAUGGGGCAUAGGAUUGGUUAUUGGCCCUGCCCUUGGAGGUUUUCUAGCUCAGCCAGCAGAGAAGUAUCCGAAUAUCUUUUCCAAAGAUUCUAUAUUUGGAAGAUUUCCAUAUUUCUUACCAUGCCUUGCUAUAUCACUUUUUGCCUUGGGAGUAACCAUAUUUACUUGCUGGCUUCCGGAAACACUUCAUAAACACAAUGACAACAAUAGAUCAUGUGAUGAUUCAUAUGAUGCUUUGGAAGCUGCAUCUCAUGAAUCUAGCACAAAAGAAAUAAAAGAAGAAAAUGAAGGAAAAGAAUCUGCUUCUAAGCAAAGCCUUCUAACGAAUUGGCCUUUAAUGUCAUCUAUCAUUGUUUAUUGUGUUUUCUCCCUUCAUGAUAUGGCAUACACAGAGAUAUUUUCAUUAUGGGCUGUUAGCCCUAGAAAGUAUGGGGGAUUGAGUUAUUCAACAGAGGAUGUUGGAGAAGUUCUUUCGAUCUCAGGUUUCAGCCUUCUUGUCUUUCAACUUUCCCUUUAUCCGUUUGUGGAGAGGAUUCUAGGACCCGUAAUGGUAUCUCGAAUUGCAGGUGUCUUAACUAUACCUCUGUUGCAAAGUUAUUCUUGUAUUGCCAUUUUCUCUGGGUUCACUCUUAGCUUGGUAAUAAAUUGUGCAUCUAUCAUGAAGAACGUUUUAUCAAUAUCAAUGGUAACUGGAUUAUUUAUUCUGCAAAAUCAAGCUGUGGAUCAACACCAAAGAGGAGCGGCUAAUGGCCUUGCCAUGACUGCAAUGUCUCUUUUCAAAGCAGCUGGUCCAGCAGGAGGAGGUGCAUUGUUUUCUUGGGCAGAAAAGAGACAAGAUGCUUCAUUUUUUCCAGACCAGAAGUAGCUUAUAACAAUCCGGACCUUAAUGAGAUUUGAGAGAAUUUAGGAGAUUCUGGAAUUAUCCAAAAAGAGAUACGAAGAGAAGAGAGAAAAAGAAUAUUCAAUGUGAAGAGGAAUUGUAUAUUUCAAUCAUGGUCAACUGAAUCUGUUACAAUCAUUAUUGUACUCUUCUCUCGAGAAUUUCUCCAAUACCUCACUUGUCUGUUACUAACAACAAAACCAAAACAAAAAUUACUAACUCGUUUAUUUACUCCAUAUAUUAGCUAAAUCUUUGGGCUGAUUAACAUGGACCAAUACUGCUAAUAGGCCCAAUAGAACUUUAGCUCGCAACAUUGUCUACCUCUUGAAAGAAUUCUUGUCCUCAAGGAUUGAAAGAAGGAAAUUUGCUUUGCAGUUCAUAUAAAUUCUUCUAGGUAGCAUUUUUAGGGUAACAAUUACUCUAUUGCACUAGUACUUCCAUGAUUGCUUUCUUCUUGUUCAACCUUCUGGCUAGUUAGCUAUUGGUUCCUUAGCUAUCAUUCCUUCAUUGAUCUAAGAAAGAUGAAACUGAGUUGGUGUCUUUCCCACAUGUUUGAAUUGUGCAACAUGAAAAAUUGGACGAACCUUUGCUUUUGGAGGCAGCUCUAAUAUGUAAGCAACUAUUCCAUUUUUUUCAGCACCUUGUAAGGACCAAAGAAUUGUGUAGCUAAUUUCAAAUAAAACUUAUUAUUGAUUGAAUUCUGCCUAUAUGGUUGAAGGUUAACAUAAACUAGGGUACCAAUCUUGAGUGUCCUAUUAGUUCUAUGCUUAUCAGCCUAUUACUUAUCUUAUUCGAGCUCUAUCCAAAUGAAAUCUCAAAAGUUUAAUCAUGAAUUCUUUUGCUUUGAAGGCUUCUAUCAACUUUUUCAAUUUUAGAAUCCCUAAGCAGAUAAGGCAUAUGGAUUUGCAUUGGUUGACCAUGUACUAUCUCAUAUGGUGUGGUUUGAAUAGAAGUAUGAUAACUAGUGUUAUACUACCACUGAGUGAGAGGCAUCCACUUAGACCACUAUUUUGGCUUUUUCCCAAACAUGCACCUCAAAUUGUUAGGUAAAAAGCCUCUGUCUAAUUAAGCAAGUGGAAGCAUAAUUAAAUAAUUAAUCAAUCACACAAGAGAUAAUAAUUUAAUUCGGUUCGAUCCAAUUGACUUAGUUUACGGAUGAGAAACAAGAUCCACUAGUUGUAGAGAAUUAUAAACAUACAAAUUAAAUCAAACACUCAUAACUAAUACUUAUAAACCAUCUCAAUCUCUUUGUCCUCUGGAGUAUUCUUAAUCCAAACAAACACAUACCCAUGUGCACCCUUUUAAUACAAACAAACACAUACCCAUAUAUACCGAUUCAUCAUUCUUAUGUGGACCAUCUCAAUCUCCUUUAGUCCACUCACAUGCACCACACCUAUGUGAACCCUCUCAAUCUCUUCGAGUUCACUCACAAACAUACAAAAAUACACAUCCAUAAGAUGUAAACCUUCAGUAGUCUUAUGAGGUGUCUAUUUCAUAAAAUCUUAUAACUCUCUUAC